AUGAUCUUCAACCUGCUGGUGGCCAUCUUGGUGGAGGGCUUUCAGGAUGAGUCCGAUGAUGAGAAACUGUCGACCUUAGAAGAGGAGGAGAAGAUGAAGGAGCUGUAUUCAGCAGAGUUGAAGCUCCAGGCGAUGAUGUUGACUCCUAAUGGCCUUCUGAAUCCCCGAGCCUCCAUGCCCCUCCCACCCACACAGUCACCGUGGCAACAACCGCCGCCACCAUCGCCACGGCAACGCCCGCCACUCAUCCUGCACACCUUGGCCACGCCCACAACUUGCGACAGCCAAUCACGACGGGGCAGCGCCGUCUCUAUGGAUACAAGCAACACCCUGGACCCCAGGUCGCCGUCUCCAUGGGACAGCCGGCGCGCCAGCUGGUCUUCUAUUGGCCGAGGUCCCAGCCUACAGCAGCGGAGGAGUCAAUCUAGUGAGAGAGAUUCUCUGCUGUCAGAUGGGGCGGGGUCAGAAUGGUCCAAUCCCAGCUGGGGGUGGAGCAGGGAGGAGUCUUUCGACCUCCUGGACCAAUCAGAGUAUCUGACCGUGCCGAUGCUCCGCCCACCUGACUGUAACGGGAAGACCUUUCACCUCCCUGACGCCGGGACCCUACGUUACUAUAGUGACCACGAAGAGGAGGAGGAGGACCCUGAGGAGAGUGUGUGUUUGCGGGUGAAGCUGGUCCUGGAGCCCUAUAAGCCCCAGUGGUGUAGAGAUCAUGAGGACUGGGCUCUCUACCUGUUCUCCCCAUGUAACAGGUUUCGUCAGUGGUGUCAGAGAGUGAUAACUCACAAGAUGUUUGAUCACAUAAUCCUCCUUUUCAUCUUCCUCAACUGCAUCACCAUCGCUCUGGAGAGACCAGACAUACAGACACACAGUACCGAGAGAGUGUUCCUCAGUGUGUCCAACCAUAUAUUCACUGUGAUCUUCAUAGCAGAGAUGACCGUUAAGGUAAAGUAA